ACGGAAGCUGCAACAGGCAAAGAGGAAGCGACGAAAAGCGGAAGCAGAGGCAAUAAAAGCGUCACAAAAGCCCUUCUAUCUACUGCCGCCAGACGUGCAAGCAGAACAAUUACGACAGCUGCAAAAACAAGCUUUCCCGAAGCUGACCGCGUUGGAGUUGAGCGAGAUGGAGAUCCCAGGUGAGGGUGGUAUUCAGCCGAAUGAUCAGAGUGUUCAAUUUGAAAAGUUCCUCUGUUAAUCCGAUCACUCCGAUCACCUUAGAAUCUGCCUUUGUAAACGUGGCGGACCUAUUCGAAGAGCGCAAGCUCGAAGACUUUGAACCAAUGUGCAGUACAGCCGUUCCGUCUCUGCGGAAAACUUUGGAUGAUCCAAAAGCGAAAUGCAGAGUAGAGAGGGGACGGCCAGCGCUGCUCUGUAUCACGGGCAAUGCGAUGCGUGCUGCCGACCUGGCGCGCGGGCUACGCGCAUUGUUGCCCAAGUCAGACUCGCCGCAAACUGCAAAGGCGAGUGCCAAGUUGAAGAAAUCAGGUGGGAAAGUGAUGGAUGGAAGAAGAAACGUGGCAGAGAAAGGAACAGACGCGAGAGAACCGGGAAAGGGAGAUGACGAAACCGCGGAGGGCAGCGCCGCACAGCCCUGGCCGACAGUCGCCAAACUGUUCGCACGACAUUUCAAGCUUGCUGAGCAAGUCGCGUUUCUUUCCACGCACAUUUCACCCUUGGCAGUUGGCACUCCUGCGCGUGUAGCCGACCUGCUCAAGCAUGAAGCCGCCCCAGCAGCGGCUGAGACAUGCGCAGCGGCCGCCCUAUCGCUAGCGGAGCUCGAGCUUCUUGUCAUAGAUGCCAGCUGGAAAGACGCCAAAGAGCGAACGGUGGUUGACGGCUUGGAGACGCGCGGCGAGCUGUUCAAAUUACUAAAUAGAGACGUUAUUAAGGAGAGGAUCAAAGAUAAGCGCUGUAAGCUUCUGCUAUUUUGACAUUACAUGCCUCACCUCCAUUGCGACUGGGCAGCGAGUGAAAGAAUAGUACGAGCGGGGAAUUAUAGACGUAAUGAAUUUUGAAGUGCUCAAAGCUGGCAUAGUGGAUGAAUACAUGAUAGACAUCGAUCGCCACGCCUCACAGGCCUGCUAUC